CACAAGAAGGAAGCGCGGAAACAUUCACGCUUGCAGACCCGGAGGAACGCGCAUGCGCGCAGCAGUCGGUCUCGACGUCAAGGUUGCGACGCCAGAAGGCAAGGAGGGCCGUUUCGCCACGCGUUCGCGUGCUUUGCAUUAUAUACAUUGUGGCCGAGAGCACGUGACCAAGGAACAAGCCCACUGAUUAUGCAUGCGCCGAGGCUGAAUCGGCGGUGGAUGUAUGGAACGGCUGUCGCCUACGAUAACGAAGCAAUUGUUCCUCGCCGCGUAACGAAGGUCAAGGUGAGAUAAGUGUUCCCCAUUCUACGCGACAGUGCGUGCAGGGCUCACUUUAUCUCUCGGUGCCGCUUAUCUGGGCAAAGUGUCUAAAACCACCCAGCGGCGAUAAGCUCGGUAAAGAAAGCCACCGCGCUCUUCUGCGAGCGUAGGAUUCGUGCCUGAAGACGACGCCAUGCCGGAUCGUGGACAGGGACGGGUGCACCGUUUUCGCGACCACGUCGUCGCCGGCGUCAACUGGCGACCGACGCGGUUCGUCGACGAGGUUCCCUGUUCACGCGUGUGCGGCCUCUGCCGUAUGAUACCGAAACGGACGGUGCUCUUGCCGUGCUCGCACGCUCUGUGCCAAUCUUGCCACGCAGUCAGUCUCGAAGGGGACGUUGGCCAGUGUCCGUUGGAUCAAGUGCAAUUCGAAGAAGCGGAAUGCGUGGGUUAUGAAUUCCCUGCCAGAACAGUGAACACAGUGAAGGUAUACUGCUGGAACGAAGCGCACGGCUGCGAGUACACGGGCACCAUGGACCGCAUGCUGGAACACUACGAGAACGAGUGCACAUUUCACACCGUGGAAUGUGUGCGAUGCGGCGAGGGAGUCCAGCACAAAGACCUGCGGACGCACUACGUGGCCGAAUGCAGUGGCGGUGUUUCUUCAGCGAUCACAGAGUCCUCGGAGCAUACAGCACUGACCCUUGCAGACGUGAACGCUGCCCUUGAAGACAUGAAGGCCACGUUGGAAUGCCUCAACCACGACCAGCUGCUGCCAGUGAUUCAGAGUCAGCUGAAUGAGCUUACAGAACAAGCCAGAAACCAGGAAGCCAGGUUCGCCGAGAUUACUCGGGAGGUCAGAGCAUGCGAGCACAACCUAAAGGCCGAGAUGAAUCAAAUGACCGCCACGAUUUCAUCGACCGCGUCGCACCCGCGGACGUCUCAGCAAAAUCCAUCGGAAGAAGACGGCACGUCGAGGUCGCUGUCGUUGCACUCGGGACAGGAUCUGAUACUUCGAAAGUUGGAAGGUUUAGCGCACCUGGAAAACUGGCGGAAAACUUCCCAGAAGCCCGAUUUCGGCCCUGUCAUUGCUCGUUGUGAGACUUUGUACAGUAGUGUCCGGCACUUGAUCAGUGCGCUGUCGACAAACGCGCAAAUUAAACAAGCGCGGUUGGUCAGUUAUCUGCUGACCCUGGAAAACUGUGAGGAAAUGAUUCAGUGGCGGGGAGGCUUAAAGCAGUUUGCUGAGAUUACGGUGUGCCACACGAGGGACACGUACUUUACGAUUGCCGUCUGGUUCUACGAUGGUUCUCCAUCUGAAUUGGAUGUGGACAUCGAGUUUAACGGGACGCUGGUGGACUCUGUGUGUUGGCCGCCUUUCUGGCACGUGCAAGCGGUGGAUAAAGUAACAUCGAAUGAACGCUCGUUGGCUCCCAGUGCCAAGCGUUGUUACUGCAAGUGCCAUGAUCCCUCAUUGCUACACUUCCACCUCGAAUUUACUAUAGACACUGCCUCGCUGAAAAAUGACGGCUACCUCCGAGACGGAAAGAUGGCGUUCCGUAUCUCGCUCAGCAGUACAGAUGCGGACGAUAGCAUCAGAGGAGCACCCUAACGUUCGUCAUCGCCGAAUCUGCACUGCACCGGAGAGUCCUCCUCGCGACUUCACAAAAUCAGUCACGUGAGCUUAACGAAUUUUCGAUCUCCUUUCUAGUAAAUAAAGUGAGCUCUGCGACAUUUCUUUUUUAAAAUCUGCUGUCCUUUCCAACUGUCGACCUAUCGUUUUCCGACUUUACCGGCCGUUCAUUUUCGUUAUUUCUUUUGCUAAUGCAGUUUUUGUUCCGAAAGCUUGUGCUCCUCUAGUGGUUUCUGACCUUAUGACGUUCACCCCGAUAGUUUUCUCUCGAUUAUUGCUGUGCGGCUGUUAAUGCGAUUGAUUUCAAGGCAAGGUUCGUGUUUUAUACUAUGCUAUAGUACCACGCGUUGUCCUGUGUCCGAAAUACACGGCCAAUGUUAAUGCAUCGCAUCGCAUCGCAUCGUAUUUAUUUAUUUAUUUAUUUAUUUAUUUAUUUAUUUAUUUAUUUAUUGUACCUUCAAGGCCCGAAGGCGUUACAUAAGGGAGUGGAACAGAAUACCGAGCAUGUGCAGAUAACAGGUUAUAACAAUAAUAAAAAAUUUAGAAAGUGCACAUUAACAAAAGUAUUCUUCAAUAGUAGUUCUAAAAGCAGAUGUAUCGGUUACGUUAACAAUUGAGGCCGGUAGACGAUUCCAUUUAUUGGUAGAUUUAGGAAUAAAUGAAUAAAAAAUAGGUUCAUGCGACAAUGUGGAACGCCCAAUUUAUGGCGAUGGUAAGUACGAGAUGAUAUUUAUGCAGGUUCGGACAAAAUUUCACUUUUUAAUUCUGGAUUCUAAUGAUAAAUUUUCAGCAGCAGUGAUAAGCGUGCUAACUUCCCUAACUUCCUACGGCAUGAGAGGAGAGGGAGGUUUAAAGUAGCCUUCAUAUAUGUUACGCUUGAUGUCCGAGAAUAGUAAGAAUAUAACGUGCGCUGCUAUGUUGUAUAGACUAUUGCAUUGUUAGGUAAUCCAAGCCGGCGUCCCAUACAGAAGAGGCAUAUUCAAGCUUAGGACGUAUUAGUGUUUUGUAUAGAAGUAACUUUCAGUCAGCGGGUGCCAUAGAGAAAUUGCGACGGAGGUAACCAAGCGUACGUUUACACUGUUAGUGAUGUGGUUUAUGUGUGUUUGCCAGGAAAAAUUAUAUGUUAUGUGGACGCCUAAGUAUUUAUGGGAACAGACUUCUUCGAGUACAGAGUUCAAGUGAUAGUUGGAUAGGUUAGACGAAGUAUUAUUGUGGGAAAUCCUCAUAAGUUUGCACUUUUGGCUGUUAAGUCGCAUUUUCCAAGCGUCGCGCCAGUUAGUUACCUUGUCUAGCUCGGAUUGUAGUUUCAGAGUAUAAGAAUUUGAUGAUGUUACUCUGUAAAUGACACAAUCGUCUGCAAAUAACCUAAUGGAGAACGCUACACAGUUAGGCAAAUCAUUAAUAUAAAUGAGAAAAAGCAAGGAUCCGAGAACAGAACCUUGCGACAUCCCGGAACUGACAGGACAAAGCGAAGAGUGAAAUUGUUAGCUGAGACAAAUUGUGUUCUAUUGCACAAGAAGUGUUCAAACUAUGAGAUAAUAUUACGGUCAAUGUAGAGUGCAUUUAAUUUUAGACAAAGUAAUUGGUGAGAGACGAGAUCAAAUGCUUUAGAAAAGUCUAAGAAGAUGGCGUCAUUGUGAAAUUCAUUAUGCAACGCGGCACCGAUUUCAUGUUUAAAUGAAAUAAGUUGAGUAUCGCAGGAAAGUGAUUUACGGAACCCAUGCUGACGAGAUGAAAAAGAAUGAAUUUGUUUGUAGGAAGUUGAUGAGAUUAGAGUAUAUUAUAUGCUCUAGAAUUAUGCAUGGCACACUUGUUAGAGAAAUCGGCCUGUAAUUUAAAGGUGAAUGCACGUCACCAGAUUUAACUAAUGGAACCACUUUGCCGACUUUAAAAUCCUUUGGUAAUGAGCACGACAGAAUAGAUUGCGAAAGGAUGUUGCACAAAAUUAUGGAUGUGCCAAGUUCUGGAAACGCUCAGUAGGCCAUAUAUUGGUGUUCCUAUAGAGUACAGGAAAUAAGGCCCGGAAAGAGGGGAAUGCUUCCAAAUAGUAUGCCUUCGUGGUAUGUACGGUAUUGUUCCGGAUAAGUCGGGUACAUAUUUUCUACGCCACGUAUGUAAAAGCCAACUACUUUUGUUUGAAAUACCACCCAUUCGUCACUUUCGCGUGUUUCGCCUCUACAAGCAUUAUUCAUAUUUGUUAAUACCAAAAACACACUUGCUUGUAAUUUGAUUUUUCUCAGCUGACGUCGUCCGGUGGAGCUUCGUAUGGGAACUACUGCUGCUUACCUGGUGCCACAACGUUGGAUGACUCCACAAAAAGCCCGCAACGAGCAUUUAUAGAGAAUAAAAUAAAUAUUUCCUCAUUUCACAA